AUGGACGCAAUCAGGAAGGCCUGUGCCUCAUUGGAGGAGGGGUACAUGCCCCCAGUCACCUUUGUGGUUGUCCAGAAAAGGCAUCACACCAGGCUGUUCCCUGAGGUCCAUGGGAGGCGUGAUAUGACUGACAAGAGUGGGAACAUACUUCCAGGAACUAUGGUUGACCUCAUGAUUAGCCACCCUACAGAGUUUGAUUUCUACUUGUGCAGCCAUGCUGGCAUUCAGGGAACUAGCAGGCCAACACACUACCAUGUUCUGUAUGAUGAGAAUCACUUCACAGCCGAUGCGCUUCAGUCACUGACCAACAAUCUCUGCUACACCUAUGCUCGUUGCACUCGUGCGGUUUCUGUUGGAGAGGGGCCUGUAGAGGUGUGCCAGCUCCCAAAGAUCAAGGACAACGUCAAGGACGUCAUGUUCUACUGCUGA